AAGUAAUGCUUUUCAUGCAAGUUUCCUUGAUGGUUUAAGAGGUUUAGCUGCACUUUCAGUAGUUUAUUCACAUUCACAAAAUCUAUUCAAACAAACACUUCCUUAUUAUACAUAUAAUAUGAUUGGUUAUGAUGGCGUUCGAUGUUUUUUUGUACUGUCAGCUUUUUUAUUAACGUUUCGUGGAAUUUUAGAAUGGGAAGCAUACCUUGAAAAAAGAAAUAUUCCAAAAGAAGAAGAGGUGGCGAAAAAACAAUUAGGUAAUCUUGAGUAUCGAAAUGUUAGCGGACUAGAUUCAAAAACAAUAAAAAAUUUAUCAGCAAGAAAAGGAAUUUCCUCAACAUUAUAUGAUAAUUUGCCAGCAAUUAAAAUAUGGGCCAAAUUUUUUCUACGUAGAUUUAUGAGAGUAUAUCCACCUUAUGCCAUUCUUUUGAUUUUAAUUGCCUACAAUAAACUUAUUGUAAUCAUAAUAGGAUAUGUAGGACUUGGACAUCUAGGAAAAAAACUUAUGAAAAUCACUGCUUAUGAAGAAAAAGGAGAAUUGAUUGGUCGGGUUAUUGCCUUUUUUAUAAUCGUAUUUGCACGUACAAUUAUUGCAUUCACUCUUGAUAAUAGAAAUUCUUUAUGGUUAGAAGGCACAGCUCAUUAUUUUUUAGCUGGAUCAUUAGGAGCUAUAUUAUAUAGAGAAGCUAUUAGAUUAAAUUUAUUACCAAAGAUUUUGGGCUAUUCUAAUGAUCUUCAGUUGGAGACAAAUGCAGGAGGGUUAUUAUAUACAGCCUUAAUUCUACUUGGGCUAUUAUCACGCAACGAAUCAUUUGUGAAAUUAUUAUCAUGGAAUUAUUUUUGUUUUUGUGGCAAAAUUUCAUUUAGUAUCUAUCUUUUACAUCCAGUAGCCUUCAAUCUGGUAAAUAAUUAUAUUAAUGAGUAUCUUACAUUUAUUGGUGAUGUUGAAACACUCAAGGAUGUAGAUCAAUCAGAUCCAAUUGAAAAAAAUAAUGAUAUGUUUGAUUCGGUGAUGUUAACUUUUUUGGUUACAAUAAUUCUAGCAUGGUUUUAUCACAAACUCAUUGAAUUGCCAUUCAUGAAUUUGGCAAAUGCUAUUGCAAGAAAAUGGUUAAAAUAG